AUGCAGCAUUUUGUGGUGGUUGGCGGCGGAAUCGCAGGGGUUAAUUGCUCAAUGGAGAUACUACGAAGCACACCAGACAAAAACAUACAAGUUACACUAAUCUCAGCGAAUCAGCACGUGAAAACAAUCACAAAUUGGUAUAAAAUUGGGCAAUUUAUGGAGAAUUUCGAAAUUUCUGAAAGCCAGCAGCCACUAACUUCAGACAAACGAUUUCAAUUGAUUUAUGACACGGUGAUCUCAUGGAAACCCGACGAAAAAUUUCUGAUUUUAAAAGAGAAUGGGGAGUUUUCCUAUGAUAAAUUGUGCAUUUCAACUGGAGCUCGAUCGAUUUGCCAGUUUUCGAAUUUGAAAAAUGUGAAAACUUUGAGAGACACUGAUACUGCAAAGGAUUUACAGGUUGGAUAUUUGAAGUUUAACGAAAAAAUUGAAUUUUCGCUGGAAAUUUGAAUUUUUAUAGAAAAUUCCCGAAUUCGAACUCAAAGUUAUAUGAAAAUUCGAUGAAAUUGAAAAUAUUCCAAAUUUUAUGAAAAAUUUGAAAAUAUUGCGGAGAAUCUAUUAAAAUUCGCAAAAAAUUCGCAUGUUUAUACUGUAAAAUGCUAGAAAUUUCAUUGAAAAUUUCAAAAUUUCAGCAAAACCUCAAACUCUUCUGAAAAUUAUAAAAUUUAGACCUGAAAUUUCAUGAAAAUUUCGAAAUCCCCCGAAAUUCUUCAAAUUUGAGCUCAAAAUGCUCCAAAUUCCAUAAAAAAUCCAAAUUUUCCAGCUCCAUCUCUCAAAAUCGCGUCAUAUCGUCAUAGUUGGGAAUGGCGGAAUAGCCGCCGAGCUCAUUUAUGAGCUCAAAAACAUCAAAAUCACGUGGAUUAUCAAGGAUUCGUGGCUUUGUGCCAAGUUUUUUCCGAAGGAUCUCGAAAAAUUCAUUGAAAAUCGAAUCUUUGCUGGAAAUGAGAAGAGAAAGAAGACUUCAGGAGUCCAAAAAAGACUGAGAUUCGGUCUGGGCUCAGACCAGAGUCUAGAAGGCCAAGGUCCAGCGUUGGGGCCAGAUUGGGCUACAUCUAUUGAUCUUUCUGGGGAAAAUCAAGAAAAAUCUAUCAAUAUUCUAAAAUCCACUGAAGUUCUCAAUAUUUCUGAUGAUUUUGUAGAAGUUCGAGAUUUAGAAUCAGAAACAAUUUCGAAAAUCCCAUGUGAUUUUGUCAUUUGGGCGACAGGAACACGAGCAAAUUCAGAAAUCUGGAAAGAGAAUCUCGAUGUUUCUGCUGGCGAAGAAGAUCAAGCAAUUCAAGUGAAUGACAUUUUCGAAACAUCUCAUCCAGCUGUUUUUGCUUGCGGCGAUGUUGCGCAAUAUGCGACGACUUCCUCAAAUUUGUGGAAACCAAUGCGAUUGUGGACGCAAGCACGGCAAGCUGCGGAGACUUGCGCAAAGUCGAUGGUUUUUGGCAGGGAGACUGCGGAAAUGUUCAAUAUGCAUUUGGAGUUGUUUGCACAUUGUACAACGUUUUUUGGAUUGAAGGUGAGCUUUCGGAAUCAUAAAUUUUCUAGAAAAUUCAAAAAAUUCUCAAAUCAAAGAAUAAUAUUUAGUUACAACAAGUAUUGGAUAUAUAA